ACAGGAAGUAGAAGGUAAUAUAUUAUAUAUGAUUGAUUACUAUAUAUAAUAGUUUUAAAUUUUAUAUUUUAUUUUAUUUUAUUUUUGGAAACACACUGAACAUAUUUUAUUAAUUAAACGUUAUCUUUGGGCUUUGUCUUUUAAACUGCUCCAUUCAAAUCACUUCAUUGCUAUCAGUCAAAAUAUCAUAAAUCAACUCUUCUCUGGUUAUGCUGUGUGAUUCGAACGACGACGUCGUUUAAUGGAGAAGUACCUGAAGGAUUUCGAAUUGGAGUCUAAGAAUUGUUCGAUCGAAGCUUUGAGUAGAUGGAGAUCUGCAGUAUCGUUGGUGAAGAACCCUAGGAGAAGGUUCCGCAAUGUCGCAGAUCUCGUCAAACGCAUCCAAGUUCAAGAGAAGCAUCGCGAAUUACAGGGAAAGAUUCGAGCUGUUAUCUUCGCUCAAAAGGCAGCACAGAAAUUUACGGAUGUUCUUGGUACAGCUGAAUACAAGCUCUCAGAAAAGACGAGAAAAGCUGGCUUUGGUAUUGAACCAGAUGAUAUUGCAUCAAUUGUUCGAGGCCAUGACUACAAGAACUUCAGAAAAAUUGGGGAAGUUGAAGGGAUUAGAAGUAAACUCUCAGUCUCAGUCGAUGAAGGUGUCAGUCAAGACAGCAUACAUAUCAGGCAACAGAUAUAUGGAGUCAACCGUUAUACUGAGAAACCUUCUAAAAGCUUCCUGAUGUUUGUUUGGGAAGCUCUGCAUGACAUAACACUAAUCAUUCUCAUUGUUUGUGCUAUAGUUUCUAUAGGUAUAGGGCUUGCCACUGAAGGAUGGCCAAAGGGUGUUUAUGACGGUCUGGGAAUCAUACUUAGUGUAUUCUUGGUUGUCAUUGUUACUGCUAUCAGUGACUACCAGCAAUCCCUGCAGUUCAGGGAUUUGGACAAAGAGAAGAAAAAGAUCUUUGUUCAUGUCACCAGGGACGGGAAAAGACAGAAGAUCUCAAUUUAUGACUUGAUAGUGGGGGAUAUUGUUCAUUUGUCAACUGGUGAUCAAGUUCCAGCUGAUGGGAUUUAUAUAUCAGGAUAUUCAUUGCUAAUUGAUGAAUCAAGUCUUUCAGGUGAGAGCGAACCAGUAAAUAUAGAUGAUCAAAGACCUUUUCUUCUUUCAGGAACCAAAGUGCAAGAUGGUCAGGGGAAGAUGAUAGUUACAACUGUUGGCAUGAGGACUGAAUGGGGAAAGUUGAUGGAAACUCUAAGUGAAGGGGGAGAGGAUGAGACUCCACUGCAGGUGAAAUUGAAUGGAGUUGCCACAGUUAUUGGUAAAAUUGGUUUGACUUUUGCUGUGCUGACAUUUGUGGUGUUGAUAGUAAGGUUUCUGGUUGAAAAAGCAGUUCAUGGUGAGUUUGCUAGUUGGUCUUCAAAUGAUGCAAUGAAGCUGCUAGACUACUUUUCUAUUGCUGUAACCAUAAUAGUUGUUGCGAUUCCCGAAGGAUUACCAUUAGCUGUCACACUCAGUCUUGCUUUUGCAAUGAAAAAAUUAAUGAAUGACAAGGCACUUGUGAGACAUCUUUCUGCGUGUGAGACUAUGGGUUCGGCUAGUUGCAUUUGCACAGAUAAGACGGGGACAUUGACCACUAACCAUAUGGUGGUUAAUAAAAUUUGGAUAUGCGAAAAGACCAUGGAAAUUAAAGGUAAUGAGAGUGUAGACAAACUGAAAACAGAGAUAUCUGAAGAAGUUCUAAGUAUCCUUUUGCAGGCUAUAUUUCAAAAUACUUCUUCCGAAGUAGUUAAGGACAAAGAUGGAAAGAACACAAUAUUGGGAACACCAACAGAAUCAGCACUAAUGGAAUUUGGCUUGCUAUCAGGUGGUGAUUUUGAUGCCCAGCAUAGAGCCUAUAAGAUACUUAAGGUUGAGCCUUUUAAUUCAGUACGGAAGAAGAUGUCUGUGCUUGUGGGUCUUCCUGAUGGAGGGGUCCGAGCUUUCUGCAAAGGUGCUUCAGAAAUAGUAUUAAAAAUUUGUGACAAAAUUAUUGAUAGUAAUGGAACAGCUGUUGAUCUUCCUGAAGAGCAGGCGAAGAAUGUCUCAGACGUUAUCAAUGGCUUUGCCUCUGAAGCUUUGAGAACUCUUUGUUUGGCUGUCAAAGAUAUAAAUGAAACCCAAGGAGAAACCAUCAUCCCUGAUAGUGGCUAUACUCUGAUAGCCAUUGUGGGAAUCAAGGAUCCUGUGCGCCCUGGGGUUAAGGAAGCUGUCGAAACUUGUUUAGCAGCUGGAAUAACUGUCCGCAUGGUCACUGGUGAUAACAUAAAUACAGCCAAGGCUAUAGCUAAAGAAUGUGGCAUACUUACUGAGGAUGGUGUAGCCAUAGAAGGACCAGAAUUUCGUGACUUGCCUUUAGAGCAAAUGAAGGAUAUCGUACCAAGAAUUCAGGUAAUGGCACGAUCCUUACCUCUUGACAAGCAUACCUUGGUAACCCAUCUGAGGAAUAUGUUUGAUGAGGUUGUAGCUGUUACUGGUGAUGGAACCAAUGAUGCUCCUGCACUGCAUGAGGCAGACAUCGGGCUAGCCAUGGGCAUAGCUGGAACCGAGGUUGCUAAAGAAAAUGCUGAUGUCAUCAUAAUGGAUGAUAAUUUCGCUACUAUUGUCAACGUGGCCAAAUGGGGACGGGCUAUAUACAUAAACAUUCAAAAAUUUGUGCAGUUUCAGUUAACAGUCAAUGUCGUUGCUCUGGUUAUUAACUUCGUUUCUGCAUGCAUCACUGGAUCUGCUCCACUCACAGCUGUUCAGUUGCUUUGGGUCAACUUGAUUAUGGACACUCUGGGUGCAUUGGCCCUGGCUACUGAACCUCCUAAUGAUGGACUUAUGAAAAGACCCCCAGUUGGAAGGAGAGCAAGUUUUAUAACCAAACCCAUGUGGAGGAAUAUCUUUGGUCAAAGUUUAUAUCAACUAAUUGUCCUUGCGGUUCUCAAUUUUGACGGGAAGAGGCUAUUAGGAAUUAGUGGUUCAGAUGCAACUAUAGUGCUCAACACUUUGAUAUUCAACUCCUUUGUAUUUUGCCAGGUGUUCAAUGAGAUAAACAGCAGAGAAAUUGAAAAGAUAAACAUAUUCAGAGGCAUGUUCAACAGCAAGAUAUUUUUUAUGGUAAUUUUCUCCACAGUGGCAUUUCAAGUGAUCAUAGUUGAGUUCCUGGGAACAUUUGCCAGCACGGUGCCUCUAAACUGGCAACUCUGGUUACUCAGCGUUUUACUUGGAGCAGUUAGCAUGCCUAUAGCUGUUAUCCUCAAGUGCAUCCCAGUUGAAAGAGAUACUACAAAGCACCAUGAUGGUUAUGAGGUACUGCCUUCUGGUCCCGAGCAGGCAUAAAAUAUUUGAAGAGUAUGGUUUUUUAACCCUCUUUUCAUUUUAUUUUGUGAAACGUUGAUGAUAUUUUGGCCUUUGAGGAAUGCAUGUUUCUUAACUUUUUUAUUUUUUGUUUUUGGGCAACUAAUCUCACGAAAGGAGUGGAUAAAAUUCCACACACCAACCUCUGACUAAAGUACUUAAGGACUUAUAGUGCAAACUAAUGUGCUACACUUUUUUGAAGUCUAUGUUAAAUAUGUUGCCAUUUUUGUCUACUUGUCACCUAUUAUAUUGCAAAGAUGUCAAUAGGCACCUUAUAAAUGCUUUGUUGA